CCAGGCUCAGCCUUCUCCUGACAGGGCCUAAAUUUACUGCUGCUGCUCUGGGAGUCAAAUUUCAUGCAACCAUUCCAAUGGUGUAACGGAUGCCUGUGUGGUUUGGGUUCUCAGCGCUCUGAACAGUACUGCAGCAUGACGUCUGACAUCUAUCACCUCCCACUCAAUGUGUAUGUCAUUGUGCUGGGCAUCGGCCUCUUCGUCUUCAUGCUCAGCCUCAUCUUCUGCUGCUACCUUUUCAGGUUGAAACAACAAGGAACGAGGGAGCAGUUCAGCUACAAUGAGGUGGUGCUGAAGGGAGCCAGCAAGAAACUGAGCCUCCUAGGACAAACCUGUGCGGUGUGUCUGGAAGAAUUCAGGACCAGAGAUGAAUUGGGAGUGUGCCCAUGCUCACAUGCAUUUCACAAGAAGUGCCUGCUUAAGUGGCUGGAGAUCCGCAGCGUGUGCCCAAUGUGUAACAAACCCAUCCUCCGGCUCCACACAGACGCCCCCCAGGGUGCGGAGGGUCCAAUGGACCCUGAGGAAGUGUGAGGAAGCUGAGAAAGAGGAAACCGGACUCUCCUUAAAGAAAACAUACACAUUAAAUACACUAGGGAUGAUGGACAGCGGUCAUCUUAAAGACAUCUCACAGGAAAUGUUGAUAAUGAUCCCCAAGUGGCCGCCUUGCUGCUGACCUUUGAGCAAUAUGCCUUGGUGGGAAUUGGAUAAUGACAGCACCAAAAUGAUUUGGUCAGAUCAGACAGACAGGGAGAGGGGUGGAUGAAUAGGAUCUUUUCAUAAAAAAAUUUAAAAAAUCAUCCUAGUUCUA